AACCGUUGUUCAGUGAGCGAUUGAGUGCGGCUUCGAUUUAGUGUGUGACUGCAAGUGACAAAAGGCGGGUGUGCCGAGUACGUACGUAGUGCAGAGGAAAAUAAAGCGCAGAGCAGAAAUAUGUUUUCGCAUACACAACGCUGGCUACUAUUGCUUUUUGCAAUAACAAUAGCCACAGCAACAACAACCAGCGCAGCAAUAGUGCCACACAGUACAGCGAAAAUCUCGCCGGAAAUCAUCAACGAGCUGAAAGACUUUCUCGAUUUGAUACCCACAGCCACGGUCGAUGAAAUCGUCGCCAAGCACUACAUCACCGAUUCGAAUUUCCGCGAAGUGCUCAAAUAUCUACGCAGCACACAAUUCACCGCGCUGAUGCAGCAAGUCCAGCAAAUACCGGAGGUUAUCGACAUACUGGAUUAUUUGCAUCUGCUUGUGCCCGACGCACAACAACAGUUCGGCUAUGGCCAGCCAUCCGAUGCUUGGACGUCCGUUGGAGGGUCGUCUGAGGGGCAGCUGUCGUCGGAACCGCAGCUCAAUUUUGUGCUACUGAAUGAUUCGGAGGAGAACGAAGUGCUACCGACACGGGUAUUGAAGGUGGAGAAGAAGGCGGAAACUGUGUCGCCACCACUUCGACUACGGUCACCACCCGCCAGCCGCCACUUACGCACGUUUAGUAGUUUUGUCGAAGAGCUGUUGGGACACUUGCCGCACGACCGUUACGUGCAACUGAUUAAUCAAAAGCGUCAGCAGAAUCUGACAUUCGCGCAAUUUUAUGCAGCAUUGCGCAGCGCCGAACUGCGACCCAUGGUCGAUGCAACGCUGAAAUCUUCUAAUCUGACGUCAAUAAUUAAAACGCUGGCUGCGAAUGGUGUCGAUGUGACGAGCUUGGAGGCCAUCGCAUUUAAAGUGAUUUCCUGGGGACCUGUGCCGAUUGCGUUGCCUUAGUUGCGAGAUAUUUAUAUUUUAUAUUUAAAUGUGACGCAGUGUUGCUUUGAAUUGGUGCGGAAGUAAUGUUGUAGUGAAAGUGUGGCAUUCACUUUAAGGCUUAAUGCGAAUGAGGUUAAUUAAUGUACUUUUGUGCUAUAAAUAACGAAAUUAUAUGUACAUUAAUAUGGAAGUACGUAAUGACAAAUAUACCAACAUUUAAUAUAAA